AUGGAAAAAUCGACACAUUUACGAAAAUGGCGACUCUCAAGUACAAGAAACCUUCUCCUUACGUAGUACCUGCAGCUGGUUGUCCACCAGAAGACACCAAAUACCAAGAAUAUGAAAAAAACCUCGAACUAUCUACAGUUGGUAAGCACCAAAAAUUCGGAUUCGCGUUAUUCGGUGUGGGAAGGGCCGGUACCAUUCAUUUGUCGUUCUUGAUAAAAGAACCAAAAACCGACCUACUCUAUGUCAUAGACGACGACAAAACCAAGCUCGAAAAACUAAAAAAAUACUGGAAUUUGGAGUCCGUCAAAUUUUUGACGAAUGCAGAAUCCGACGUUGCUUUCAAAGACCCCAGAGUCCGAGCCGUCGUGAUUUCAUCCCCCACUCACACUCAUGAAGACAUCGUCACGAAGGCUCUCUCACACAACAAAGGCGUCUUCUGCGAGAAACCCGUGGCCGAAAACCUCGCCCAAACCAAACUCCUCUACGACAAAGCCAAACAGGUGAAACAGCCGCUCUUCAGCGCCUUCAACCGACGUUUCGACCCCUCCUUCGCCUCCAUCAGGAACCGGGUCCGGGCCGGGGACGUCGGCAGAGUCCUGACCGUGAAAGUUUGCAGCCGAGAUUCUCCGUUGCCCACGAUUCAAUAUUUAAGCACAUCGGGUGGCAUCUUCCACGACUGCGCCGUUCAUGACAUCGACAUGACUUUAUACAUCUUGGGGGAAUACCCCACAAAAGUUACGGUCGCCGCUAACGCGAACAUACCAGAAAUUGCGGAAAUCAAUGAUUAUGAUACCGUGGGAAUUAUGUUAUCGUUCGCCAGCGGAGCAAUCGGAAUUAUAGAUCUAAGCCGUCACAGCACUUACGGUUAUGAUCAAAGGGUGGAAGUCUUCGGGCAGAAGGGGAUGAUUAAGGCCGAAAACCGACAGCCGAUUUACAAUGUGGAGACGUAUACGGAGCGGGAUGUGGUGAGGGCGCCGAUUCACUAUUCUUUUCCGUCGAGGUAUCAAGAGGGGUACGAGAAUGAGAUGAGGCACUUUUUGGAGGUGUUGGAGGGUAAAACCUCGCUUUCCAUCGACACCAAAGACGUCCUAGCCGUUUCCAAAAUCGCCACAGCUUGCGAGGAGUCAGUCAGAACCGGAAACUCCGUCGAAAUCAAGUGGAGCAAAGACGAAUUGCCUCACCCGCAAUAAUCCCAACCCUUCAAUAAACACCCAUUUAAAACUC